CUCAUUUAUAAUCCUAGCACUUGGGAGUUGGAGGCAGGAGGAUGAGGAACUUACGGUCAUCUUCGGCUAUCUAGUGAGCUCAAGGCCAUCCUGGGCUGCAUAAGACACACACCCCCCAUCUCCAAAAAGCAUAAGAAGUAAAAAAAUAAAAUUCGUCGUGAAAAUAACAUACAGUCGUAGGAAGUCUUGCAGGACUGUGGGAACUUCCUGCCGUAAUCACCUCAUCUUGGUGGGCAGUCUGUUUAUAUUAUUUUGUAAUUGUUCAUGAAUUGAAAAUUGAUUUUUGUUUUUUAUUUAGUUUACAUGUAUGAUGAGUGUUUUGCUUCCAUGUGUGUCUUCGCACCACAUACCUGAGGAAGCCAGAAGAGGGCGUGAGAGCCCCUGGACCGGAAGUCACAGAUGGUGCGGGGAGGUGAACCCGGGUCCUCUGGAAGAGCAGCCAGUUUUUUGUUUUUAACUGCUGAACCAUCUCUCUAGCCCCUGAAAAUUUAGUUUUAAGUGGCCAUGCCCAGAUGCCAAAUCUAAUUCAAGCACAUCUAAAGUUAUUUGGAAAAGUUACUAUUGUUCCUCCAGCGGACUAUUAUAAAUAUUCCCCAGGUUUACUCACACAUCAGCAGUGAAGCUCCCCAGUGAUGUUGAGAACGUAAUAAUGUGAGGGUGGGGCUUCCAUCUAGAGAUGUCAGGGUCCUUCGGACAGUUCAUGGAAUUUCUUCAGCUUAAGACUGGGUAAAAGGAGAUCACUGAAAUCCACAUAGGAAAGUUUAUGUAUGAAGAGUUGUACCAGGUAUACGGCUUCAUCUUGGGAUCUUAACUUUGAAGUCAGAGUUCACCAGGUUUUUCACUCCAUCCAGGAGACAUGCAAUGAACUUCUGAAGAUAGUUGAGAAAUAUCAGCUAAGACUCAAUGUUAUAUCAGAGGAAGAAAAUGAACUAGGUCUCUUUUUAAAGUUCCAAGCAGAACGGGACACCACUCAAGCUGGUAAAAUGAUGGAUGCUGCCGGGAAGGCACUCUGCUCUUCAGCCAAGCAAAGAUUGGCCUUGUACACUCCCCUGUCUCGUCUUAAGCAAGAAGUAGCAACGUUCAGCCAGAGGGCCGUUUCUGACACUUUGAUGACCAUUAAUCGUAUGGAGCGGGCUCGCACAGAAUACAGAGGAGCCCUGCUGUGGAUGAAGGAUGCAUCCCAGGAGCUCGACCCAGACACCUUAAAACAAAUGGAAAAGUUUAGAAAAGUACAGAUCCAAGUGAAAAAUAGCAAAGGUUCUUUUGACAAGUUAAAGAUGGAUGUCUGUCAGAAAGUGGAUCUGCUUGGAGCCAGUCGCUGCAACAUGCUGUCUCAUUCACUGACUACUUACCAGAGAACAUUGCUUGGGUUCUGGGAGAAAACAGCUCAAACGAUGUCCCAAAUCCAGGAGGCCUGUGCUGGCUUUCAUCCGUACGACUUCAUAGCUCUCAAGCGACUACAAGACACACCAAGUAAUGUCACUGCAGAUGACAAGGAAGAAGCAGCAGAAGGAAGCUGUCUUACUGCAGACCUCAACAAGGUAGCUUUGUCAGAAGAGGAAGAAAGCGGUGAGAAAGAACCAGCAGUGGCAAAAGCUCUACCUAGAGACUUGCUGGAAGGAGAUGAUUUUGAGAAAGAAUUCGCAUUUCUGAACAGCCUCCUAAGCCCCACUUCUUCGAGUGCUAGUGAGCGUACACAGGAAUGCCAGACGGCCUGCGGGAGCCCCAGUGCUGGCCUCACAGCCCAGGAGCCUCCGGUGGGAUCCUCCCAGUUCCUCCCUUCACAGCUCUUUGACCUCGGCCUUCACGCGGAAGGAGCUUCCAACACCCCCAACAAUGGUAAUCAAGACAUGUCAGCCUGGUUCAAUCUAUUUGCGGACUUGGAUCCGCUCUCCAACCCAGACGCCAUCGGACAUUCAGAUGAUGAACUUCUCAACGCCUGACUGGGGCCCCAGGUUCAGGGGCCUCGAGGCAGCAACUGUGCGGCCUUUGCCUUUGUAGAGAGGAGUCCCACUGUCACCACACUCAGACGCAUAUGUUCAGGACAGGACAUCUGCCUGCCAGCCCCGCCAGAGGGUCUGGUGUCUGAGAAGCCUGUGUAUUUAUUAUGCUGGACGUGAAAGCUGUUGACCGUAUGUGGAAAUUUUUAGAAACUCCCGAGUUUGCAAUACUGAGAAACCAAACUUAUGUCUGAA